UCUUGGCCGUGAUUGACAGUCGGGCUGUUUUUUGCUGCUUCGCUUGCUGUUGACAAGUAAUAAUGAAGCUUUGUCAGCCCAUCAUGGACAUGGAUAUGCCAGAUUACGUAGACUCCUUGGACUCCUCUUAUACCAUGCUGGAAUUUGACAGCCUUCGGAUGCUCCCCAGUAGUACCGAGACCAUCACAAAUGAGCCAGCAAAUACCAACCUGCUCACAAACAGCAUCAGCUCCCUGUGCUCCAUCUGUGGGGACCGAGCGACCGGCAAACACUAUGGAGCAUCCAGCUGUGAUGGCUGCAAAGGCUUCUUCAGGAGGAGUGUCCGCAAGAACCACGUCUAUUCCUGCAGGUUCAGCAGACAGUGUGUGAUAGACAAAGACAAGAGGAACCAGUGCCGGUACUGCAGGCUGAAGAAAUGCUUCAGAGCUGGCAUGAAGAAAGAAGCCGUGCAGAAUGAGCGUGACAGGAUCAGCAUUCGCAGGAGCAGCUAUGAGGACAACAGCUCGCUCUCCAUCAACGUGCUCACUCAGGCAGAGGCCAUGGCACAGCAGUAUUCAUCACUGAGUCCAGUGCACAGCACAGACAUUGCCAUGAAGAAAGUGGCUACCAUCAACGAUGUGUGUGAAUCUAUGAAACAGCAGCUUCUGGUGCUGGUUGAAUGGGCAAAAUAUAUCCCAGCAUUCUGUGAGCUCCCACUGGAUGACCAGGUUGCCUUGCUCAGAGCCCACGCAGGGGAGCAUCUGCUCCUCGGAGUAGCCAAGCGGUCCAUACCAUACACUGAUUUUCUGUUAUUAGGGAAUGACUUCAUCAUCCCAAUGCACUGUCCGGAACUGGAAAUAGCUCGUGUGGCCACCAGAAUCUUGGAUGAGUUGGUGAAACCCUUGCGGGACAUCCAGAUCGAUGACAACGAGUAUGCUUGCCUUAAAGCCAUCAUCUUCUUUGAUCCAGACUGUAAGGGCCUGAGUGAGCCCACGAAGGUGAAGAACAUGCGCUUCCAGGUCCAAGUCAACCUGGAAGACUACAUCAAUGACCGCCAGUACGACUCCCGAGGCCGGUUCAGUGACAUCCUCCUCCUGCUGCCCCCGCUGCAAAGCAUCACCUGGCAGAUGAUAGAGCAAGUCCAGUUUAUGAAGCUCUUUGGUGUGGCCAGGAUUGACAGCCUGCUGCAGGAGAUGCUGCUGGGAGGAACCUCCAUUGAUCUCCAGUACCAGUCAGGACCUCCCAACCUCAACCUGGAACCACUGCCAGGACAUGUUCUCCCAGGCAACAUGAGCUCUGUGAUUCACACUGCUCCAGACCCUUCUCCUGAAACAUCCCUUCCAUCUCCUUCUACAAGUACAGGCAGUGAAGACUAUAAACUAGGCUCUAGCGCAGGACCCAACGCUGUAGCACAGCUCUUGCCUCAGACAGUGAUACCCAAGCAGGAGAUUCUAUAGGGAGAGGUGGAAGGAAAAGCUGGGAGCAAUGUCGAAACUGUGCUGAAAGUGAAAUGGGCCCUUUCUCUUUCAGAGGCAAAGCACAGCAACCCCCUGCCUGUACCUGGAUCUCUCAGUCACACUCUUUCCCAUCCGUGAGUCAAGCACCAGAUACCGGACUGCACCAGAAGCCUCACCAUGUGUCUUCCCACCACCACCACCCUCAUUUCAUGUGGGACGGGGGCUAAUGCCCUUGUCAGUAGGACCAAGACCGUAAGCUCUUCUGGGUAGGGCUUCCCAUUGCAUUUGUUAUUACCCGACUUGAUGUGAUCACGACCCUUUUAAAGCCUUCAGCUGCUACCUUCAUAAAACCAAAUGCCUUACACAGUUCCUGGUAAUCGCUACUGAGUACAGCGUAUCUUAAAUUGUCAGUAUAGGUCUAUUCCCAUUAAAAAUUUAAUUACACUCCCAAUUCUCCCGCUGCAUAUUAAGCUUUAGGAAGAACACCUUAACCUUUAGCAGGCCAAAGGUUUCUUAUUCCAAACAGAUGCACCUCUUUCCACAUCUAAUGUUGGUUGGCAUUUGUGAUCAGGAACACCAACAUUUUUCUUAUCUUCUAUAAUUUCCAGUAUGUACCGAGUUCUGUUGUGAGCCAUUUGACGUAUCCUCUACUCUGUGUGUGCAUUUAAUAUAGCUCCAGGACAGGAGCAAGGAUCUCUGCAUCAGCCCAUGGUUGCUGACUCUGUUAAAACCCACAACUGGCCAGAAGUGCAAGAAGACAUUGACUUAACAAAUCACUGCUUUGUCUCUUCUGCAAACUUUUACUAUAAACAUAUUCGGAAGAAGCAAGAGUAGCAACAAAAAUACAAGGAAAAAAAAUCCUUUUCCCAGUACAUAGGUAAGAUUUUUGCUGUGGUUUUACAUCUCUUUGUAAUGUCUGGCAAAAAAGGAAGCAGCAGGUAUCCUAUCAGCCACACCUUACUAUAAAAAAUAUUCGUACUUAAAAUGUAAGUUUUUAGUGUAAAACUUUAUCAGUGGGAGGCAACCAACUAAUAACCAUGUUACAAUUACUUAAAAUAAACACAACAGAGUCUAUACAUCCUGAAAUGUUCCUAAAGUGAAGUCAUCGUGUUAGGGUCUUCAUUUGAAUGCAUUUAUUAGAUUGUCAGACUUCUACAACACUUAUGCUUACCUAAAUAGAAGUCCAGUGACCUCCAUCAGACAGCUCUUGAGGGAUUAAGAGCAGCUGUACUGAACAGUAGGACAUGAUAGAGAAUUCUUAGUCCUGCCACAUUCCACAAACCCGUCAGCCCAUGUGCAUCCCUGUUCAUGGCAAAAAUGAGGUAACUGUGCCCAGCUAUGGCUUUGUGAAGCUUCUUUCGUUACUGCUUGUGAAGGACCUUCAGAUACUCAGCUGGAGAACUCUAUCGACAUGCAAUCUUAUUGACUGAAAGAGAAGUGGGGAAGGGCAUCUGAACUUUGAUCAGAAGGCAAAUACUUUCUAUUUCAGUCACUGGGGAUACGUUUUAGAGUUGCCAUUUUACAGCACGAGAUAUGAAAAGCCCUAAAGACUGGGUUGAAUUUCACCUAGGAUCACAAUGCUUUAUUUUUCUACUGUCUAUGAUGAAUUUGAUCUGGCAUUAUAUGCUGAUAACUUUGAUUUGAAACAGCUAUAUCUGGAAACCAGGUUCCACUGCAAGCAUUCCUGCUGCAUGACAGAUGCAACAGUACUUAGCUAACAUUACUUCCAGUUCCUCCAUCAUGUAGAUUACUUUUCUAGAAAUUAAAUGUACAUUUAUACUCAUUAAUGGUAAGAAAAUACAUUUAGGAAGGAAAUAAAAAUCCAUAUUAUCAUAAUUCA